AUGGCUGCUGCAGCUGGAACCGCGGCAGCGCCAGCUGUAGCGACCGACGGGCCGCUAUGGAAGACGCGAUUCCUGGACUAUUUCGUGGUGUGCGGCUUAGGUCUGGACCUGCGGUUAAUGGACGGCACUCGCGGAUUCCACGGCAUGAAGAGCCAUGGUGUGCGCAUUUCGUACAUGCCUGUGCUCAUCGACCGCCUGCCGGCUGAGGAGCACAAGAAAUUCAAGAUCCCGGAAAUGUUACCGUUGGCCGUGCUCCCCGGCGGGCUGCGCUUCUACAGCCAUGGCGCCAACCAGGACGAGCCGCUGUCGUUCCCGCGAUCCUACCCCAUCAUCCUCACCGAGGGCGACGGCACCAAGGUGUACGUGUCAGUGCUGGCGUUCCGCGACCUGGUGGACGAUGACGUGGCGCAGGCGUACUCCAUCCCGCCCAACUCGUACGCGGACAAGUGUCUGUGCGUGGUGUCGCACUACCCCUUCCUCGACACCUUCGCCGACCUCCUCACUGAGAUCCACCGCCUCGCCUUCCAACCGCUCGGCAGCCCGCGGCCGAUAUGGGACAUAAUUGCGGGGGUGAUGUCGGUGCCGCUGCCAUCAAGCCCGCAGCAGACGGUGGUGUUCAGCGUUGAGAGCGUCGUGCUCUCCACCACCCUGCCUGACCCCAACGCCCUCCCCUCCUCGCACGUGUCGUUUCUCCCCCUUGUAAGCUGUCUCGACAUUGACAACAUCAUCCAGCUCUUCACAGCCGUGCUCCUGGAGAGAAGAGUGCUGCUGCUUGGGGGCAUGCUGAAGAUACUGACAAACGUGGCGGAGGCGGUGUCAGGGCUGCUUUACCCCUACAAAUGGAUGCUGCCGUACAUCCCAGUGCUGCCGCUGCCACUGCUGGAGCUGCUGCACGCGCCGGGCAUCUUCAUCUACGGCAUCAACACCUCCGAGUUCGAACUGCAGGACGAACUCGAUGGGGUGGUACUGGUGGAUCUGGAUUCCAACCGCGUGCGCAUGAUGAGUCUGGAGAGCGAGCAGGAGGAGGAGGACAUCCCGCCGCUGCCCGAGCCCGAGGCCUCCGAGCUGAGGGCGGCACUGCACGCGCUGAUCCACCCGCACCUGGCGGUGCUGGAGUCGGUGAGGCACCACCGCUCGCCGCUGCUGGCUGCGGGCGUGCAGCAGUUUGACGAGAAGACGUUCAAGACGUGGGGCCGCCACCACGACGAGCAGUUCCGGCAGCUGUUUCUGCGCUUCCUGGCGUCCGUGCUGCAUGGCUACAAGGACUUCGUGAUGGAGGAUCAUUUUGAGGCGGGCAAGCUGGUGUUUGACAAGCUCAGCUUCCUGCUGCGCCGCUCCGAGCUCUACGAUCACGCCACCGAGCCCUUCAUAGAGGCGAUGCUGUCGACGCUGGGGUGGCACAACUUCUUUGAGUGCGAGCUGGCGCAGUCGCCCGAGGAGCUGACGCAGUUUGACGCCAUCAUGCAGCGCGCACACAACAAGGACCCCCACAUCACAAUCCCCCCGCUGCCUCCCACCGACUUCCUCACCGUCGACAUCUACCAGGCGCUGCCAGCGGCGAAGCGGGGAGCAGUGGGGCGGUACGUGUACCAGCGCUUCCCCAACAACGAGAAGGCCGGCGGCGAGCAGGAGGCCAGAAGUCUGGCGGUGGAGAAGGCCAUGAGGGCGUGGCUCAAGGAGCGGCGUCUGGGGCGCACGCGCAGCUCCAAGGAGCGAGGGGCACAAAGGGAGAUGAUGAAGGUGGACACACAAGUGCGCCUCUGUCAACUAUGGGACCAACUACGAGGGCUUCCUCCCGGCGAGCACCCCAUGGGCUCAGAGCAUUACGGCACUAUCUACGGAAUGAUCGAGUCGGACCCCGAGGGCUUUGGGGGCUCCAGCUUCCUCGCGUGCCUGGAGGAGAACAUCACCAUCGGGUGGUCGGGCGAGCUCACUCGAGAGAUGUUCAUGGCGUGUCGUGAGCUGAUGCUGGUGGCAGCGGCGAGGGCGGGGGAGAGGAGGGACUACCAGGUGGCGGGGGGGCUGUUGGAGAUAGCGGGGCGCAUCUACUUCCGGGACGAGUUCGGCAUGCUCGACUUCAUGCGCCGCUACCUCGGCUCCCUGCACGUCUGGCACUCGCAGGCCCUAUGGGACGAGCUCUUUGAGCAGCGCAUGCAGGAGCUUGGAGAAGAUUCCUUUGGCAACUAUUCACAGAUGGUCAUGCUCACACUCAAAGCCUGCGCCUUCCACAUGGUGGAGUUGGGCAUAGCGGACAAGGAGACGUGGAAGAUGCUGCUGCACCUCGCCAGCGAGCACGGCCUGCGGGAGAAGCGCCAGAACCUGCUGCGCGGCCAGCUGUCCCUGAUCCAGCUCAAGUUCCGCUUCUAUGGCCCGCCACGCCUGGCGCUCAUGAUGGCGCUGGCGCCGCGCAUCGCCCCCAAGAUGGAGCAGGCCACGCGCCUCAAAAGCGCCUCCAUUGCUGGGGGGGGCGGGGCAGGGGCGGACGGUAUGGCGCGUGUGGACAGUAAUAACACUCUGGAGGGGGAAGGGGGGGGUGCGGUGCAGCAUAAGGGUCUGUCACGGAGUAAGAGCAAGGCGGGGCGGCGGGGGGUGAACUUUGAUGUGGGGGGGAAGGGUGCGGCGACCACGACGCCCAAGGGCGGGGGAGGAGGGAUGACGAGCCCGAGAGGCAAGGGCAAGGCGGAUGGGCUUGACCGCCGGACAGACCGCCUCGUGAGAGCAGGCAAGGGCAAGGCGGAUGGGCUUGACCGCCGGGCAGACCGCCUCGUUCAAGCAGAGCCGGUGCACCAUCAGGCGAGGAAGGAGGGCGAGGCGGGCGUGAGGGUGCUGAGGGGGCACAGUGCAGCGGUGACAGCGCUGCACGUGGGGUCCGUGAGCGACCUGGGCGACCUGCUCUCCGGCUGUGAUGACGCCGGCUACUUCGUCUCCGGCUCCGCUGACCGCACUGUGAAGCUGUGGAGUGCGAACCGUGUGGGCGCAGAGAUGCGUGCCACCAUGCGAGGUCACGAGGGCACGGUGCGCGCCAUCUCGUCAAAUGCGAGCAGCAUCCUGUCAGGUGGAGACGACUGCAAGGUGCUGCAUUUCGACAAGCGCACCUCGCUACCCCUCGCCACCCUCGACGCCCACACUGCCCCUAUCUCCUGUGUGCGAUUCCUCUCCGGCUUCGCGCGCAGUGCAGCAGUGACAGCAGGGCUGGACGGGCUGGUGGAGGUGUGGGACAUGCGCUCGCACCGCCGCGCUCUCACCGCGGCGCAGCCCGCACAGGGUGCUGCCGUGCUGUGCCUCAGCUGGCACGAGGACGCGGGAGGGCUCAUUGCCACAGGGCACACUGACGGCACGGCGCGGGUGUGGGACAUGAGGGCGGGCAGGGAGAUGCACUUCCUCGAGGCACACAGCAACUGGGUCAGCUGUGUGUUGGUCAACAAGGACAUCAUCAUCACGGGCAGCCACGAUUGGACGGCCAAGAUCUGGUCCGUGGAGACGGGCGACUGUGAGAAGAUCCUGACCGCACACGGCGGGGCAGUGAGCACCAUGGACUACUGCACAUCAUCGCACCGCCUUGCCACCGGGUCGGCAGACGGCAUGGUCCGCAUCUGGAAGAAGGAGGACGACCAGUACAUACCGCAGGAGACGAGUGGGUCGUCAUCAUCAGAAGCAGUGGUGGCGGUGCGGCUGAUGGACGAGGUGACAGGCGUGGCCACCGCCAGCAACCAGCUCAUGUUCCUCGAAUUCACCGACGCUGAUGGCCGCGUUGGUGGCACCGGCAGUGGCGGCGGUGACCCGUCCACGUGGGCCGUCAGCAAGAUGGUUGCCAACAUGCCCGAUGUGGUGCGGCACGUGGCAGUGGAUCUGGACUAUGGCCGCGUGCGCAGCGGCUCCCACACCCACCCAUGCCCCCCUCUUCUCCCCCCUCCCCUGCCUUUCCCCCAAAAGGUGCGACACGUGGCAGUGGAUCUGGACUAUGGCCGCAUGUGCAGCGGCUCCCACACGGGCGCCAUCCGCAUUUGGGACGCAUUCCCCGAGGCCGCAGGGGCGGCAGCGGCGGCUGUAGCAGCAGGGCUGGGUGGCGUGCCGGCUGCAGCAGCGCCCAGCAAGUAUGACCUCACUGGCGUGUGGGACAUCUUGGAUUCCUCUGCAGCGCCGGCGUGA